UAUCCUACACUUCUCCCUUUUUUCCCUUUUUGGGGUUAUAGAAUUUUGGUGGUUAGAAGUGAAGAGUGAGGAUUGAAAUGAUGAUAGUUUGAAAAUGUAAGAAGGAAGCAUGGGUUAGUGUAAUCAUUUGAACAACUGUUUUUUGUUUAUGUUUGAAACUUUGGGAAAUUUUUUGAUCUCCCUACAAUUUUUCUUCCUAAUGAGAUUAAGGCGUAGCCAAUGCAUUCUUUCUUGUGCCUCCUACCACAAAGCUGAUGAAGAUGAAAGUAAUUGGCACAGAAAGAAGCUAGAUGAGGAGCCAGCAUGGUCACAUAAUCCUCCACACGUAAUUUCACAGUUUGCUCAGUGUUUUACUAAUGCUAUGGUUGGACCACGGGCAUGGAUAGGAGGAAUCUUCAACCGCUCGAGCAAUAAACGGUUUGGAAGCGAUAAAUAUCUUAACUACCCUUUAACUCCUCUUCAGGAACAAAGCUUACAUGGGCUUCAAGAACGGCUAGGAGUACCUUUUGAUGAAACACGCCUAGAUCAUCAAGAAGCUCUUCAAGAUUUAUGGAAUGCAGCAUUUCCAAAUGUUAAGCUUAAAAGUUUGAUCUCCGAGCAAUGGAAAGAUAUGGGCUGGCAAGGAGCAAAUCCAUCAACUGACUUCAGGGGGUGUGGAUUUAUUUCCCUCGAGAAUCUGCUGUAUUUUGCAACAAGAUAUCCGGUUUGUUUUCAUAGGUUGCUUUUCAAGCAAACUGGAUCAAGAGCAACGUGGGAGUAUCCAUUUGCAGUUGCUGGGAUUAAUGUUACAUUCAUGUUGAUUCAGAUGCUCGACUUAUUCUCAGAAAAACCAAAGUGUCUUCCAGGAUUAAAUUUUGUUAAGUUAAUAGCAGAGGAUGACGAGGCAUUUGAUAUUCUAUACUGUAUAGCAUUUGCAAUGAUGGAUGCGCAGUGGCUGGCUAUGCGUGCGUCAUAUAUGGAGUUUAAUGACGUUUUGCAAGCGACGAGGACGCAGUUAGAGAGGGAACUAUCAUUAGAUGAUAUACAAAGAAUAGAAGAUCUGCCAGCAUUCAACCUGAUAUAGUAAACACACUUCUUGUUCCUCUCUAUGUUAUUCAGAUUCUCCAAUAAUGUCUAUAGGUACGUGUCAGAUCCUUCAAAAUUAGUGUAUUUUUGAAGGAUCGGAUGCCGGUGUGAUAACAUUUUUGUAGAAUCCGAGCAACAUAGGUUAAAGAUAGGCAGAGCGUUAUAAAAUGAUUUAGAUACAUCCAAUAGCCAAACCUGAAAAAUUCUGUACAAAAAGGUGGUGGUUUUGGCUACUCAAUGUUACUUAAUUGGUCUAAUAUUUCUAGGAGUCUUUUAGUCCUCACAUAGAUCUUGAUGCUACAAGUAGUAAAUAUAGAAAAAUUGUAGUGCUUUUUAACUUUAAUUCUUAAUUUCGUUUUGUAUAAUAUCGGAUUGAGAUUAGUUUAAAUGAAGCGACAUAGACAGUGAAUAUUCGUAUAGUCAAUUUCAAUUUGCUUGGAAUUGAAUAGACAAAAGAAGUGUUGUUGUGUUUGGAGGAAUCGAAUCUUCACCAACAAGAAGAUAUUUCAUGUAGACAACUGACGUACUAAGAU